GGCGAUAAAAAUUAACUGCUCUUUUACCCCUCCGGCGUCGCUCGAGUUUACUAUGCUGAAGUAAUUAGGGAAUGGAGAUCUGCAGCCCCGCCUAACAGCUAAAGAUUUCGCUACUGUGCCUUUAAUUGUCAACCUAUGGAAAAAUACUCCCAAACAACAAUUCUUCUGGGUGGGAUAGCUAUCGGCGCUGGCGCUGUUCUAGCUGCGGAUUGGCUCUCCCCCGAUCGACCUUCGGAAACUCCACAGGAGCGAGGGUUUCCACCUGCUAAAGACAGAGAGGACAUACGAAACGGGCUGGAAGAGUGUAUUGGAAAUACCCCUCUAAUUAGGAUAAAAUGUCUUUCAGAGGCUACUGGAUGCGAAAUAUUGGGGAAAGCAGAGGUAUAUCCAAGAUUGAACCUUAUAGUUCGGGAGCUUACAGGCAGCAGUUUCUAGAACCGGGAGGCUCGGUCAAGGAUAGGGUAGCAAUGAAGCUCAUAGAAACGGUACCCAUCUCAAUUCCUGAGAAUCGGGAAAAGUCACUAACAUAUAUAAAAAAGGCCGAGGUGGAAGGCCUCCUCACGCCUCAUUCCGGCGAUAAAGUAUACGAAGGCACCGUCGGCUCGACCGGUGUCUCUCUGGCAAUCCUCUGCCGAGCCCGCGGAUACUUAGCACACAUGUACCCUCGCCCUUCUCUCCUCCCCAAGCACCAUUGUUAACUGGGAGAAGCUGCAUGCCAAACGAUCAAUCCACCGAAAAAUCCGACCUUCUAACAAAACUCGGCGCAGAAGUGGAGCGCGUGUCCCCCGCCCCAAUCGUGGACCGUGCACAAUUCGUAAACAAAGCCCGUGCGCGAUCCGUAGAGCACACGAAUUCACCUUCAAUCCCAGGCCGCGGCUUCUUCGCGGACCAGUUCGAGAACGAGGCCAAUUGGAAAGCGCAUUAUGAGGGCACUGGGCCAGAGAUAUUUGGUCAGUGCGGAGGGAGGUUGGAUUGCUUUGUUGCAGGUGCAGGUUUGUUUGCAUGGUAGGGCACUUUGCUCUCCGGAUGAUCUUGCUAACGGGAGAAUAGGUACAGGAGGGACUAUAUCUGGGGUGGCGAGGUAUCUCAAGCCCCGCCUUCCGAAGAUGAAAAUCGUGCUGGCAGACCCACAGGGUAGCGGAUUGUAUAACCGUGUUCGCUAUGGGGUGAUGUUCGACGUUAGAGAGCGAGAGGGUACCCGGAGGAGACAGCAGGUGGACACCAUCAUAGAAGGCAUCGGGAUCAACCGUGUCACAGCGAACUUUGAAGCUGGAAGGCCGCUAAUUGACGAUGCUAUCCGCGUCGGUGACGAGGAGGCGAUGGCCAUGGCUAGAUUCCUGGUUGAGCGGGAGGGACUGUUUGUCGGGAGCAGUAGUGCUGCUAAUUGUACGUAUUCCGCUAGUAGUUGGAGAACAGGGAGGGCUGACUUGAAUGACAGGCGUCGCAGCGGCACGUACAGCGCUACAGAUGGGGCCCGGACACAGAAUCGUCACCGUACUGUGCGAUUCAGGGACUAGGCAUUUAUCAAAAUUCUGGGCGAAGGCUGGGAACGUCGGCGGGGGGUGGAAGAUGACGUUGGAGGACGUGCUCUCGGCGGAGAAGACGCGGCCGUCAUUGCCUGUCCCUCUGUCUAGAGCUUCAUCUGGCUGGGGUCCGUGAAUGCAUUUGUGGCGGUAUCUUGGAGGGUUUACAAGUAAUGGAAUACGAGAAUACUCUACAUCUCUUCCAUACUCC